GGUUUAAGCAUUGAGGCUGCAUAGACAUUUUGUUGCUUACUUUUAUUGAAUCAAAUAUUGCCGGAUCUGUGGGUGAACAAAGAGUUAAUUACGAAUGGUGAAACUAGAAAAAGUAAUAUGAGUGAAUCAAAGCAUGAAACUGGCACCAGCGAUCCUCACAUAGGGGCUGGCGAAAGAGAAAUUAAACUUGCUUUAAUGGGUAGAAUUGAAAGUCUUCAAAAUGUGAGCAAAAUUAAAGGUUUAAUAUCAUCAACUAAGGAUCUUCUGGGAAAUAAAGAAAGUGUCUUACAAGUGCAAUUCGUCCUGAGGACUUGAUUUGUCUCCGUGAGGCUGUUGCUAAGCAACAUCACAUGCUAAUCACAUUACGUCCCAAGUUUGAAUGGGAAAGACAAAGUAGAUGUGUUCAAACCAUUGGAAAACAGGGAUAAGCUGACCGUUUAACUUUAGGGCCUUGCCAGUGCUGGAGAGUUGGAAGCGGAGGAUGGUGGACAAGAUGUUGAUGCUGAAAGAUGUUUUUUCCCUAUACGAGUUUGACAUGGGCUGUUCCAGGAGCACACCAUCCGGGUGACUAAUGACACCACGUUUCGAGAAAGGUCGCGGCGACUGGCCCCUGCAGACAUGGAGGAUGUGCGGCAGCAUUUGAGUAAGUUGAAGGAAGCUGGGAUCAUUAUGGAGUCCCGCAGCCCUUGUGCGCCCCCGAUAGUUGUGGCCAGGAAGAAAAAUGGAAAGAUUCAUAUGUGUGUGGACUAUAGGAUCCUGAAUAGACACAACGUCCCUGACCAAUAUAUGGUCCUCAGGGUUGAAGACUUGCUGACCUGUUUGAAUGGGGUGAAGUGGCUCAAUGUGUUGGAUUUGAUGAGUAGAUAUUACCAGAUCCUGAUGAGUGAAGUGGAUAAGGAGAAGACAGCCUUUAUAUGUCCUCUGGGAUUUUACCAAUUCGAAAGGAUACCUCUGGGCAUAUCAGGAGCCCCUGCCACCUUCCAAAGGGUCAUGGAGACGACUGUGGGGGAUAUGAACUUGCUUGAAGUGCUGGUAUAUUUGGAUGACCGGAUAGUAUUUGAUUCUCCUUAGAAGACCAUGAAGCUAGGCUAAUGAAGGUGCUCAACUGGCUGAAGGGUUAAAACUUUCCCUGGACAAGUACCAGUUUUGCCAGACGUCUGUUAGUUAUGCUGGACAUAAAAUCUCGUGGAAUGGAGUAGCUACAGACUCGACUAAGAUUGUAGCAGUGACCACCUGGCUGAGGACCCAGACUGUGAGCGCUCUGCGCUCGUUCUUGGGAUUCUGUGGAAACUGCUGGAGAUUUGUGAAAGGUUACACCAAGGUGAGCCAACCCUUGAACCAGCUUCUGCGUGACUAUCUCCCUCUGGAGCAGAAAGGGAAAGGGAGAGGAGGACGGGAGACUGGAGAAUAUUUGAAUCCUUCAGAACCCUCCGGACAGAGAUGGGAUGACCAUUGUGAAGCAGCUUUUCAGUCACUGAAGGAGAUGCUUACUCAGGCGCUGGUGUUGGCUUUUGCAGACCCCUGAUUGCCCUAUGUGCUACACACCGAUGCCAUCUGGGAGUGGUUAGGGACCGUCUUGUAUCAGGAUCAGGGUAUUGGGCUGAGGCCAGUAGCGUUUGUCAGCUGGAGUUUGUCACCCUCAGAGAGGAACUAUCCCAUCCACAAGUUGGAGAUUCUGGCGUUGAAAUGGGCGGUGGUGGAUAAACUGAGUGACUAUCUCUACGGGACCAAGUUUGAGGUACAGAUGGACAACAACCUGCUUACCUACACCCUGACCUCGGCAAAACUGGACUCCACUGGUCAUCGUUGGUUGGCCAACCUGUCUGCAUAUGAUUUUAGCCUGAAGUACCAGCCAGGGAAAUGGAAUGUCGAUGCGGACACUUUGUCCUGACGGAGGCAUGAGGACCUGGAGGGGGACAAGGAGUGGGAGAGCAUUCCUGCAUCUGUGGUGAAGGCCACGUGUCAGUUUGCUAUCACCAUGCAGGCCGAGGAAAAGGAGAGGCCAAUGACGCCCUACCCCUAGUUUACUGUGACAUGACUGCUGUGAAGCUGCCAGAGUUGAGUCUUGAGGAAGUGACAGCUGCUCAGCGAGAUGACCCUGGCAUUGUCACUAUUUGGGACGCAGUGAGGAGGGGGGGAUGUGGCCCGGAUGGAGAAGACACAACACAGCUCCGUGUCUCUGUUACUGAGAGAAUGGCCUCGGAUGAGAUUAAUGAACCAAAUGUUAUAUCGGGUAACGUCACCCCCAGACCAACCUCGGUAUUGGUAGCUGGUCCUGCCUGAGAAGUAUCGGAGGGUUGUGGUGAAGUCACUGCAUGAUGACUCUGGACACUUGGGGGUGGACAAGACUUAUGUGUUGCUUAAGGACCAGUUUUAUUGGCCCUGAAUGAGGUCGGAGGUCGAAGAGUAUUGCAAGUCCUGCAUACGUUGCAAAUGUGUGAAGACGCUGCCUGUGCAGGCUGCUCCGUUGUCGCAUUUGCAGAGUGCAGGGUCUUUGGACCUGGUGUGUAUGGAUUUCCUGGCCAUAGAACCCGAUACCAGCAACACAGCGAAUGUCUUAGUCAUCACAGACCAUUACACCAGAAAGCUUGUUUCUUUAGAACCUCCGGUUAAGAUGACGCUACCGAACGUGUAUAACAGCUCACCGGUAGUUCAAAAGGAGACUGAUGGGGAUGAUGGAACAGGCCUGGAAGUCAGUGAUCCAGACGUAAAAAGUGAUUCGGAUAUUCCUGAUGUCCCACCCUCGAACGACACCACUCCAGAAGUAUUCAAAAAGGCAUUAUCAGGGUUAUCUUCAAGAUGGAAGAACUGGUGGAUCCGAGGGAUCUUGUCACUCGCCAUGAUCUCAUUUUUCUUUCUAAUUAUCUACUUGGGACCUAUUGUACUCAUGUUUGUGGUUCUCUAUGUUCAAAUCAAGUGUUUUCAUGAAAUUAUCACAAUUGGUUACAGAGUGUAUCGUUCUUAUGAAUUGCCUUGGUUCAGAACCUUGAGCUGGUACAUUCUUCUGUGUGUAAAUUAUUUCUUUUAUGGGGAAACAGUUGCUGAUUACUUUGGUGGCCUAGUGAGAAAGGAAGUGCCACUUCAAUUCCUAGCCCGUUAUCAUCGCUUCAUCUCGUUUGCUAUGUACCUAGCAGGCUUCUGCAUGUUUGUACUGAGUUUAGUGAAGAAACAUUACCGACUGCAGUUUUACAUGUUUGGCUGGACUCAUGUAACACUACUAAUCAUUGUUACCCAGUCUCAUCUGGUGAUCCAAAAUUUAUUUGAAGGCAUGAUCUGGUUCAUUGUACCAAUUUCAAUCGUAAUUUGUAAUGAUAUAAUGGCGUAUCUAUUUGGAUUCUUCUUUGGAAGAACUCCAUUAAUUAAGUUGUCUCCAAAGAAGACCUGGGAGGGUUUCAUUGGUGGUUUCUUUGCAACAGUUGUGUUUGGAUUUCUGUUUGCCUAUGCAUUGUCAAACUACAAUUAUUUUGUAUGCCCAGUGGAUUACAGCAGUGAAACCAAUAGCUUCAUUAUUGACUGUGAGCCUUCACAACUGUUCCACCUGCAGGAAUACACACUUCCAUCUUUACUGCAAUCAGUCUUUGGAUGGAAAACAGUGCAGUUAUUCCCAUUCCAGAUACACAGCAUUGCCCUUUCCACCUUUGCAUCAUUAAUUGGGCCUUUUGGAGGCUUUUUUGCCAGUGGAUUUAAAAGAGCUUUCAAGAUUAAAGAUUUUGCUGACACAAUUCCAGGACACGGUGGGAUUAUGGACCGCUUUGACUGUCAAUACCUCAUGGCCACCUUUGUGCAUGUUUAUAUCACUAGUUUUAUCAGAGGACCAAAUCCAAGCAAAGUCUUGCAGCAAAUUUUGGUACUUCAGCCAGAACAACAGCUUCAAAUAUUCAACAUACUGAAGUCUCAUUUAAUAGAAAAAGGAGCAAUUCAGCAAUAAAUGGACUCGAGCAACUUUUCACCAUCAUUGUGGUGAAAGCUUCCCAAUCCAAACUGGGAUACAUAUCUAGUUUUUUGAAGUCCUCAGUUUAAGAAUGUCCAUGUUAGUCCCAAAAUUGAGCACUUUGUAGUUGACAGUCCUUGAUACUCAGUAGUACUUUAACCUUUCAAAAGUUAAGUGGGUAUAAUAUGAUUGGCAGUCUUUCAAUUUAUUUAUUUAUUUUCUUCAAUAUCUUUUAAACAGCAGGAUCCAAGGUAAAUUCUUUCUUGUUAAAGUAAUAUAACUGAAUCCGUGAUCUUUUUGAUUGCAAGGACUGAACUAGAAUGUAUUUAUGCAGGGAUGUACUAAUUUCAAGAUUACAUAAUAUGGAUAUUUUCACUCCUUUUUGAGCAUGAAUUCUACUGAGAAAGGCGUAGAUAAUCUAUGGGUCCGGUAAUGCACUGCACCAGAAUUGUACUGUAUCUAACAAUGAAAUUGACAGUGGAUAAUUUUAGAAUAUAAUUUAUUUUAAUGGCUGCAAAUAAAGUUUUUAAUCUCCAGUUUGUUUUGCUGCAAAAUGUGAGAAAUUCAUCUGUUGUGUUUUAGAAUGAGUACAGCUUUUGUAUAUAAAAAGAAAGCGUGGGUUUAUUUACAACAUUUCAAGCUGAUUAAGGCUCUGAGGAUUAACCUUAUGGCAGAUGGCAUGCACAAAGUGUAUAUAAUAUGUAAGUACAUGUAAAUGCAAGUAUAUAUCAAUUUAUAAACAUUUAUAAGUUAAAAGUAUGAAGAAAUUGAAGAACAAUUUAAAUUUGGAUUUGCUUUAAAAUGAGGAUUUUUAGUUUUAUAAUGCGUGUAUAUAAGAAGAUUCUAUGAUUGGCUGCCUCAAAGGAGAAACUGUGCUUACAGGGUACACAAGUUUCAGAGAGAGCUUCAGAAAUAUAGUCCUCUUUUGUUUGAUUUGUGAAUCCCCAUACAUCGCAUUAAACCAGUGUCACUCUGUAGUGAAUUAUGGAAGUAAUAUACCCAAAGAACUAUUUUGCUAACUCUAUUAAAAUAGUCUGAAACGAACAUUUGGACCACCCUUAACUGUUUAGUUUAUAUAUUUUAACAAGGCAAUACACUUUGUCAUUGAUCUGUCUAGUCUGCAUUCUUAAAGAAUAAAAGUAUGUUCCUGUAUGAUGUAAAAUUCCUGUUGAAUACUAAUCCUGUUUGAAUUAUGAAGGUAACUGUUUUUUGAAAGUUUUAUAGCAUUGUAUUAUUGCAGAUUUUCUCAAAUGUUUACUUUAUCUGUAUAGUCUGUUGCAUUUUGUAGGUUUUGUAUCUUGUGUGCAUAGUAAUGAGGUCAUGUACUCCAGCAAACAAAAAUAUGAACUCCUGUCAUUAAGGAGACAUUUAGCUUGAACCCAACCAUGUGUCUGCAAGGUAUGAAUGGUGUAUCACAAGACACUAUUUUAGAACUUGAUUUCAAAAUAAAGAAAAAUCUAUUAUUCUUG